GUUGAUGUUGACAGUCGAUUCAACGUAAGAAAAUGUGCCGUUAUGCAUCGUUGUGACGACUACAAUGUAGCCCAGGAAUUAAAAGUGUGUUUAGCAACAGUACUGGGCUACAAUACUAACAUCGCAACUAACGAUGAAACGCAGCCUUGUGACGCUAAAAAACCAAAAAGAACUGUCAAACGAAAGCUUAAUGAUUAUCUAUGCACCUCGGAAGAACUAGAGGUUGCUGAGGUUGAGGCUGGAUUUGCCCCGGUGGGAUUUCCAGUUGUCAACAUUUCAACAGGAACGUUUUCUCCGAUUGCGAGUUCAUCGAAAGCUAACCUUUCAUCACCACCAAUUCUACGUAUGUCGACUGAAGGUGAUAAACCUUUGUGCGAUGAUACAAACAAACUGUUAAGAACGCUCCUGAAAUCGGUCAGUGAGCUGUCUACGAAAAUAGACAAAAUGCUAUUUUUGUAUGAACGCUUAACCAUGGGUGUAACUCACGGGCGUACAGAGGAAAUGGAUAGUGAUGCAAUCACUUUCCCAUUACGAACGCAUGACGAGUUGCGUUCUUUAGAGACAGCUUUAGAGAACAAAAAAUUCCGGGAUCAUUUCAUGGGAAGAUUAUACCAUCUACUAUGUGAUGAUCUUCGGAAAUCAGCAAAAGCCUGUCUGAAAUACCUCCUUUCUCCGGAACUGGCAAACACGUACACCUUGCACGGAACCAGAAGAAAAUUCGGGAUUAGUAAAUACAAAUUUUACUCCACGGUUCAAAGUGCUUUGUGUUCACACUUCCGGAGUGCGACCUGUUCGGAAACGGAGAUCACGCACGCCAUGGCUACAGCAAGCCAGGCCUUCUUGCAUGACGCAAGAGAUAAAGUACAUAAACGUGGAUGGCGAUCCAAAGAAAGGCUGGCUUCGCAGGCUUUAUCAGACGUUACUAACAUUAUCAAUGACAGUUCUACGUCUACGUAAGGUGUUGCUGUUACAACGCAUAGAAAAACUUUGUAUAAAUGAUUCAUUUGUAAUUUCAUUAACUGUAAUAAACAUUUA